CCAUUUUAUUUAGACUGCACAACAGACUGGAAGAGAAAGCUACAGCUCUGAGCUGCAGCUGUGAAAGCAAUAAAAGAAGUACCUACGGCAGUUUAAUGUAACCAGUUUUCCCAUUGUGAUGCCUGCUGCAGAAGUUUGGAGGAUCUGACUAAAAUCCAUUUACACCACAUUCACCGUAAUUAUUACAGGUUGAAAAUGGCACUUGCACCUCUUGAAAUUGUUGGUCUAUGCCUCGGUGUCAUUGGUUUAAUAGGAACAUGUGCUGUGACAGGAAUGCCACAGUGGAGGGUUACAGCCUUUAUUGAAAGCAACAUCGUUGUGUUUGAAACUAUAUGGGAAGGUUUGUGGAUGAAUUGUAUUCGGCAAGCGAAUAUAAGAAUGCAGUGCAAGGUAUAUGAUUCUCUUCUGGCACUGACUCCUGACCUUCAGGCUGCCCGAGGUCUGAUGUGUGUUGCCAUAAUUCUGACCUUAUUGGCUGUGUUAAUAGCUAUUGUUGGAAUGCAAUGCACACAAUGUGCAGGUGAUAAUGAGAGAAUGAAAGGAUACAUAGUGCUGGCUGCUGGGAUUAUAUUUAUUUUGGCUGGAAUCUUAGUUCUGAUCCCAGUAUCCUGGACUGGACAUAACAUCAUCAGAGACUUUUACAAUCCUCUAGUCAACACAGCCCAGAAGAGAGAACUGGGUGAAGCCCUGUACCUUGGCUGGGCAACUGCAGCUGUCCUUAUUGCAGGUGGAGCAAUCCUAUGUUGUACGUGCUGCUGUGUGAAAGAGGAAAAUAGGCCAUACAGUUAUUCACCACAGCUGGCCACCUAUACUUCCCACCAAAUCUCCAGAAAAACUGCAAGUACUUACAGCAAAAGUCAAUAUGUUUAAAGCAUGUGCCUGGAGUAAAAUGGCAGUACUCUGCAAAGGAAGGAGAAAAAAAAGAGGAUUUUUUUCUACAUGCUUUCAAGAAUAUAAAAGUGUUGUAAACUAACAGUCUGUAUUAGAAGGUGAGGCACAUUUUAAAAUAAAUUAUGGAAUGUAAAUGUGUUGUAAACUAACAGCCUGUAUUAGAACGUGAGUCACAUGUUAAAAUAAAUUAUGGAAUGUCAGGCAA